UAGUGACAACACUUGAUGGGAGAGUGAAUCUCUGGUGGUUUGUGAUGUUGCUGAAGAUCUAGUGGAGAAACUGAGAAAGUUUCGUUUUCGCAAAGAAACUAACAAUGCUGCUAUUAUAAUGAAGAUUGACAAGGAUAAACGUCUGGUAGUCCUGGAUGAAGAACUUGAGGGCAUUUCACCUGAUGAGCUUAAAGAUGAACUGCCUGAACGACAACCUCGCUUCAUUGUAUAUAGUUAUAAAUAUCAACAUGAUGAUGGAAGAGUUUCAUACCCUCUGUGCUUUAUUUUCUCUAGUCCUGUUGGGUGUAAGCCUGAACAACAGAUGAUGUAUGCUGGGAGUAAGAAUAAGCUAGUUCAAACAGCUGAACUAACCAAGGUAUUUGAAAUAAGAAAUACUGAAGAUCUAACUGAAGAAUGGUUAUGUGAGAAACUUGGAUUUUUCCACUAAAGUGAACUUCCUGUUACUCUUUAAGUAUUUAUGUACUAACCUGACUAUACUGGAACCAGACAUAAAUACUUAUUUAUGCCUAAAAAUGCACUGUUAUUUACAAUUCUGUUUCCUGCAGCAAAUAAAAAUCUUCAGUUGUACAAAGUUUGUACAAAGGAGAAGAUUCUUCUUAUAGUAAUGAAAAUUUUAAAAGUGUUUCCUCAUAUUUGUAAUUGUUUAGUGGAAUACUUCUGCAGGGAAUUUUUGCACUCUUGUGACUAAUUUCUAUUACUUCUGGUUCAGAAUUUGUUACUAUUUUCAUUCACCAUUGGAAAAUGGGUAAUUUGCUUUUGAUGAGCAAUGGUUGCCUCCUUUUGACAAGUACUGGAUGUUAGCAUAAUAUUACUUGUCAGAUAUGUGAAACACAUUUUAAGGCUUGAAUCACCCAAAUUUGAGCCUAUAAAUAUGACCUUAGAGUAUCAUGUAUUCUAAGUCUUUUUUCAUUAAUUCUAUAACUUAAUUUAGUUUACUACAUUUUUCUUCCAUAACCUCUAAUAUCCAUAAUUAUCGAACAAUAUUAAGUACUAUGGAAUUAUAAACUUGAGUAUUUCCUGAUGUCAUAUGAGUGUUAGUCAUUUUAAACCUGUUAAUACUGUGCCUUUGAUUUGUUAGCUUUAAAAUUAAUCUAGAGAGUUUUACACUGCCAGUAAUCCAGACUUGUUGAAAUGAAUACUUUUGUAAAGGUCCAAGUAAAAUGUUUUGUAGUGUCUAAUUCUAUAACUGAAAUUUGUAACAAAACCAACUUCACUUCUGUAAAUUCCAGCCAUUUCCUUGCAUUAGUGAAUACCUGGCAGUUAAAAGUUAGGAUUUUGUAUGUGUCGGUGAUUUAGAUUUGUAUCAGAGGGAAGAAGUAUUGAUCUUAAACCUUGGUCAUACUAACUGUUUGGAAUAAUAUGUCAAUAAUAACAUAAGUCAAUAUGUUAUUAACAAUAAUAUGUCAACAAAAAUAAUAUGUCAAUCAAAUUCAUAUUGAUGCUGUAAUACUUUAGUUAUCAGAAUGGCAUUCCAAGCUAAAUGAAUACUUGAAUAAUUGAGCUAUUCUUCAUACAUGUCAUUAGCAUAAAUCUUAUUAUGAAGGAUACUUUAAAAUGUCUUUUUAAAAUGUUUACUUUAAAACAUUCAAAAGUAGACAUUUUACAAAGACUUACCAAGAUCUGUCCUCAAACAGUAAUGUAACAACCAAGUAAAAUGAUUCAUCUUAUAUCUUAGUCAUUUUCUAAAAAAAUUAGCAAAAGCCUUUUUGCAAUGGAUUAUAUUUAAUUCAUAAUUUCUAUCUUUCUUUCAAAUGUAUGUGCCAACUAAAUUUAGAGGUAUUAACAUUUUCUAAUAUUACUGAAUGAGAAUCUUUCAUGACCUAAAUAAUUUAUCAUGUAUCUUCCUUAAUAGGAAAGCAGGAAAUUAAAGGAAACAGGAAAUAAGACAUAUGGAAAAAAGAGAAAAGAGAUUUUUAUUGUGUUUUUUUUCUUUGUUGUUAUUGUUAAAGAGUAGAAGAGAUUCCUUAUUUCUUUCACAUAUUACUUCUACAAAAUUUAAGAAUUUUAUGAACUUUUAUUUAAAUACACAAUUUUUGCUCUUUGGGACUUUUCAGAAAUGAAAUGUCACUUACAUUCAUAGGAUCUUGGAUCUAGACUGGAAGAAAUUUUAGAGGCCAUCUUGUCCAACCUCUUCAUUUCAUAAAUGAGUAACAUGAAGCGGAGAGACGUUCAGUGACUGAAGUCACAUCCUGAUCCUGGAAUUCUGGAAUCAGGAGGGUAAAACCUCUAUGCUAUUAGUGUAGGCAUGCUUUUGACUAAAGAAGUAAUAUUCUGUUGUCUCAGGUCACAGCAAUAAAAGGAAACAGUGCUGUCAAAGAAUGUAUUUAAUGUGCUGUGAUCUUAAAAUAUAGGAAAUUUUUGUCUUUUGUACUAAGAUCCUGUAUACUUAUUGACCUACUGUCAUUGAAAUAAUUUUUCAUUGUUUUUCUAGUUGUGGCACUGGGUUGUGAUAAACAAUCCAGAUUCUUCCCUUUAUGACCAAUGGCAUACAUACAUUUAAAGGCAGCUAGUUAUAGUAAUGGGUUCAAUGGAAGUGAUAUUUUUUUCUACUAUGAAAUUAACUUUGAUAACUGGUCAUUAAACUUGCAACCUUGGCCUCCUUAGCACAGUGCUUUAUUAGAGACACCUGAGCUUAAAUGUUCUCAGACUUUUGGCCAGAUUCCCCUUUGUCACUUCAUUAUUUUAUGGUCCCUUUUUCCAGUACUAGAACUAGCUGUAAAGGAACUAACAAGAAAAAAGCCAUGGUCCUCAUGGGCUUACAGGGGAAGUCUAUCAAACUCUUAAGGAACAAUUAAUACCAAUACUAGAAAAAAUAUUCUCAGAAUUUGAAAAUGAAAACAUUUUUUAGUCCUAGUACAUUUUGGGUUUCUUUUAAAAUAAGUUUCAUAGCACCUUCACAGGGGUGUUGAGAGGAUCAAAUGAGAUAAUAUGUAUGAAAAACUUAGCAAACCUUAAGGCUGUAUGUAAAUCUUAGCUAUUAUAAUGAUUAUUAAAUUUCCCUUGUAACAGUCUGUAUCUUUGCUCCUUUCUCUUUUUUCUUCCUCAAAGAAUUACCACGGAAUUCAUUCCAUUUAUUCCAUUCCAUUUUAAAAUAUUUCCCACCUUCCAAAUAGAAACUGCUCCCAUCUGGUUCAUAAUCUGAUUUUUAUACUUAAUAGUUCUUCAUCUUUCCCUCAUCUGGUAGCACUUUCAGACCUUGAGACUAUUGGGAGGGUUGCUGAUCAGACUUCAAGAACUAAUUGCCUCACAGGCAUGACUUUAGUUACUUGCCAUCUAAGUUAGCAUUCAUUUGGAAAUAGUUGGCCUUUUUUUUUUUUUUGCAUUAUUGCAGUAAGAGUACAUUUUGUCAAGGUGGGACAAAUGAAUUAUCCCGUCCUGUAUUUAGUUUAUGUGGGGAAGUCAUCUACAUUUGAAGGUUAAACAGUGCCUAGCACAUAGUAGGUGCUUAAUAAAUGAUUGGUGGUUGAUCGAUUACUAUAUUGUAAUGUCAAAAUGUUCUCCAAGCAUCGUGUAGCGUUCUUUUUUCUGGUAUCAGAGCAAAUCUAGGAAAGAGCCUAUUACCAAUCUAUUACACUGAGUUUUAGAUUUUUUUUAAGCCAUCAGUUUUGUAUUAUUGUUUCUGGAAAUGUCUACUACAUGCCUAAUACAGUUAAGCACCCUCUUAUAUUUGAGCAAGUGUUGAUACAAUUACAAAUAUUUUUAUAGCAAUAUUAAUAAUAGCCUUUGUAGCAAAAGGUCUUGCAACACUUUUUCCCCUAAUAAAAACUCCUAUUUUCAGGAGUCAGACAGCCAUAAAAAGUUGGUGUGCUCAGGUCUGAACCUUGAAUAAAAUCUCUGGCAUUGGAAGUUUAUUACCAGGUUUGAUUUUGAUAUUCAAAAAUUCAUUGAGUAAAUAAAGUUUGUGGAUUUGUUUUUAAGCUCUUACUAAUUAAAAAUGACUAGAUUAAUUUUCAGACAUAAGCAUAAUUGUAAGUCAUUAACCCAUAAAGUUGGACUAAUGAUUUUGGAUGUUUUCAUAGAAGUUUAAAUGCUAGUAUUUGGUAGAAAUAGGGAGUAAUUCGUGUUUUGUAAUUACUCCUUUAGCACUAUGUGUUAUCUCUGUUAAUUCAAUAGAUUAGGUUGAUUAUACUGGAAUCUGGGAUUUGAGCCAUCACAACUUAGCAUAUAAAAGUCAGUCUCAAAAUCUUCUGGUCAAAUUUUAUUUUAUAUUUGAGGGGAAAAAAUUAACCUUUUAUCUAGUAACAAAGGGUCCCAAGUAGAAUAUAUUUAAGCAAAACUUUAAGUUGUUUACUCUCAUAUCUUCUACACAUAAUAGUAAUUAGAUACCUGUAAUAUUUCGAUUUAAAGGACUGAAUUAAGUUUUCAUUGAAACUGCAAAUUUCCAUAGCCACAAAGAUUACCUGAACGUUUUGAGAACUCUGACAUGGCAGGUCAAGCUUCCAGUGAUGGCAAUGUUCUAAUACAACCUUAUUUUAUCAAGGAAGCUUGAAACAUUAAGCUCAGUCUCAUCUAUGUUAACAGUUUCAUGUAGUUGUUUUAACAGUAACAAGUGGCUCAACCUCCUCACGUUGUGUCAGUCUUCGCUAUUUCAUACUGCAUGUUUAUUUUAAAUGGUCUCUAGCUAAGCAUGAUGAGUGUAUUGGUUUAAAUAAAAUGUUACAUGAAAGAA